AUGGCUGCGACAGCUACUAGAGGAGCAACGGCUCCUGGAUCUAAGGUCUCCUCGAAAGCUCCCACAUAUCCACCAAAUCAGACUCUCUAUAUCACAAACCUCCCCUCCUCGAAAAUACAGAAGUCCGAUUUGCGCAUCUCGCUCUACACGCUUUUCUCUACUUAUGGCCCAGUUCUCGAUGUUGUAGCUCUGCGAACUAUGAAGAUGCGCGGCCAGGCUCACGUUGUUUUCCGAGAUAUUCAAACGGCGACUCAAGCCAUGAGGGCACUACAGGGAUUUGAGUUCUUUGGCAAAGAAAUGCAAAUCUCGUACGCGAAGUCGAAGUCUGAUACUAUUGCAAAGCUGGACGGGACAUUCCGUAUGCCAUCUGCUGCUGCGGGCGAGGUUACUGCAACAGAGUUGCAACAGAGCAUUUUCAAUGCACCGCCUUCUGCUGCAACCACAACCACGGGACAGACUGGUGGCACCUUGAAGCCUCCUACAGGAGAUCAAGCGCCUGAGGGUGCAAGAAGCCCGACUACGAGUGUGGCAGGUCAGAAAAGGAGGAGAGAUGAGGAAGAUCAUGAGCCAGAAGAGGAUAGUGAAGGCGACGUUGCUAUGGAGGAGGAUAGUGACGACGAAGAAUAG